AGGAAAUAUCAAAAAGCUCGAAAUACUGCCUAGGUUACAUUUUUAUACGGCAAUAACUGCUGAACGAUAGAAUGAAACUAGAAAAUAACAUGUACAAAGCGACGCCAUCUUGAAAAUUCAGCACUCAAGAGGGACUGGCACUAGGAACUGCCUUGUCCACAAGAUGAUGAAAUACCAAAUGGCUAAAAAACAAAAAAACAAACAAACCUGUUUAUGAGCGACCUAUUACAGUCCUAUUUCUUCUUCAAUUACUACUUUUAGUUGAAUUUAGCUUGUUUUGUGUUGUCCUUUUUUUUGUGGCGAAGUGAUGGGGUGUGAUGAACAGGUGACCAAUUGGCAUUACUUUAUUCAGUCUUCAUUUGCUCUUCAUUCACUUCAUUUUCAGUUAUCCCGUAUAAGUCUUAGCGUUUCUUUGGACUCUUUAUUGUAUUAUCUAUUUUUGCGUCAGUCUUCAACCACCGUCCAUGUCCGAAGGUCCACUCAUCUCCUUCUGUUCAGAUUUCCUGCUACACUUUUUAUAGUCCGGAAGGCUUCGCCCGAAACACUACUAGCAGAGCUUGGGGGAAGUGAUUGACUAGUCAUUAGCUUCAUGGGUGGGGAGACUGAGUACUUGCUCCUUGGACUUGGCUGUCUAGAGACUCAGUACAGGCACCUUGUAACAGUUAAGAGUCAGGUCCGUAAUCUGACUAACUGUCAGUCACUAAACAUUUAUCGAUGUACGUUUGAGCAACUUGUUGUUCUGAGUGAGUUUUGAUUUCAUUGAGCUUAAGUAAUUUGUAUUUAUAACUUUUCAAAAGAGAUUGAGCGGUUUUCUAUUUAAUAAAAGUGAACUUAUCCAGUAAUUUGCACAUAUAUUCCAUUUACAUCUGUAACUCAAUGCGAUACUCUAAUUCCAUGGUUUAAUUCCUGUGAAUUUCAUGGAACUCCAUGGAGAUCAAUGGAAUUGGAUGCAGUAGUUUCCAUGGAAUUUCAUGGAACUUUUCCAUUGAAUUCCAUUGAAAUUGAUGUCCUUAUCCCCAAUGGAAUGCCAUGGAAAUUUUUUCCACGGAAAUCGAUGGAAUUCCAUGGAGGUAUUUCUUACGGUAUGUACCAAGUUAUUUAAAGGGGCUUUGUCACGCUAUUUUCUACCUUAUUAAAACGCUAAAGUGUGUUUUCGAAUCAAUUGAAUUCCAAGAAUAAGACUAUAUUUAGGCAUUAAAACCGUUUCCUGUCGUCUCUUAAUAUGGAUGACAAGGAUGAUUGAAACUUGAAAAAAUGGCCGGCCUUUUCAAUGCAAAAGUUACCAAAAAAUCAAUUAUGGCUAGUGCUGUCUGAAAAAUUUUGUUUGGGACCUUCUCCAUAACUCUAAAGGAGCAUUUUGUAUAAGUGUAUAGGCACUAAGUAAUGACUUCAGCACGUAAUAUUCCUAAAAACAGCAAUAUCCUCAAGACAAACCCCCUUUAACACCAGGAUAAAUUGACUACUAUAUGAUUAAAUCGCCCGAUCACUGUUUUGGGCAGUCAAAUCUCUUUCUUUUUCCCACGAGCUUGACGUGGCGAGUGUUUCACAUUUUCCAAAACCAAAUGUGUUAUUAUUCUCUUGUCUUAAAUCGUCAGCGUGUCCAAAGAUGGCAAUCCUGACAGGGACUUCAGGCAUCAUUACAAGUCCUUUUUACCCGGAAAAUUAUGGUAAUAACCACAACUGCACAUGGAAAAUCAUGGCAAGUACAGGAAAUCUCGUCGAGUUGGUCAUUCAAGACAUGGACAUAGAAAGUAGGAUUAACUGUCCCUACGACUAUAUACAAAUUCAAGAUGCUGUGAUUCAUGAUAGUGGUAAGCUUCCUGGGCGCUUAUGUGGUUCACUCACCAGCAAUUCGAUUUUUUCUUCUUACAACGAAACCUUGAUUGUACGUUUUGUCACUGAUUAUUCCAUAACAGCCCGUGGAUUUAACGCAAGAUACACUGUUAUUCCUGGUAAGUAGGAAGAAUUAUGUUUUGCAGUGCUUUGCGCUUUAUCCAGUAGAGUAUGUUGCGCGGUAUCUAGGCACAAUCGCUUGUAAACACUAGAAAUUUUUGUUUGAGCAUAGACGAUUUCUGAAUUUUGUCCUUAAAGAUAGUAGUUUACAUUUCUCAGUCUUGGAAGGUUUCCACUUUGCUCAAUUAAGCCUAUUUAAAAUCAGGGGCAUAGCCAGCCAUUUCUUCUAUUUAAGCCCGGUUUGAAGAGGUCCUGAGAAAGCGAGGGAGGAGAGAUUCAUUCAUUCAUUCAGUCGUUCGUUCCUUCGUUCCUUCGUCCCUCCCUCCCUCCCUCCAUCCAUCCAUCCAUCCAUCCAUCCAUCCAUCCAUCCAUCCAUCCAUCCAUCCAUUCAUUCAGAGAGUUGGAGAGGGAGGCAACAUUACUUGAUUGGAGUAUUGAGACCAACGUUUUCUCAAUAGGAUUCUUGUUGAAAGUACGUCAACAAAUAUAUAUUUUUCAUAGUUCAUAAUAAUUUGAACCAGGAGAUCAUGAUCUCAGUUGUUUGGGCUCAAAUAUAGUUGCAAAUAUAAAUAAUCAAAACAACUGCUAAGCUGGCUUUAAGUGUGAAAACUAACUUUACAGGUAAAGGAAGAAAGAAAUUCUUACCAGCAAUUCUAUUUUUUCUAUAACAGCCCGUGGAUUUAACGCAACAUACACUGUUAUUCCUGGUAAGUAGGAAGAAUUAUGUUUUGCAGUGCUUUGCGCUUUAUCCAGUAUAGUAUGUUGCACAAUAUCUAGGCACAAUCGCUUGUAAACACUAGAAAUUUUUGUUUCAGCAUAGACGAUUUCUGAAUUUUGUCCUCAAAGAUAGUCCUUUACAUUUCUCAGUCUUGGAAGGUUUCCACUUUGCUCAAUUAAGCAUAUUUAAAAUCAGGGGCAUAGCCAGCCAUUAUUUCUAUUUAAGCCCGAUUUGAAGAGGUCCUGAGUAAGCAAGGGAGGAGAGAUUCAUUCAUUCAUUCAGUCGUUCGUUCGUUCGUUCGUCCCUCCCUCCCUCCCUCCCUUCCUCCCUCCAUCCAUCCAUCCAUCCAUCCAUUUAUUCAGAGAGUUGGAGAGGGAUGCAACAUUUCUUGAUUGGAGUAUUGAGACCAACGUUUUCUCAAUAGGAUUCUUGUUGAAAGUACGUCAACAAAUAUAUAUUUUUCAUAGUUUAUAAUAAUUUGAACCAGGAGAUCAUGAUCUCAGUUGUUUGGGCUCAAAUAUAGUUGCAAAUAUAAAUAAUCAAAACAACUGCUAAGCUGGCUUAAAGUGUGAAAACUAACUUUACAGGUAAAGGAAGAAAGAAAUUUUUAUAAGUAACUUCUACUUGCUGAUUUGUAGACGAGUGUGAAACAGGACAACAUAACUGCCACGAUGAUGCAUACUGCACCAACACCAAGCGUUCCUUCACGUGUACUUGCAAACCAGGAUAUUCUGGGGAUGGUGUCAACUGUACAGGUAACAAACCUACAUACGCAGUGUGAACUUACAAGAUCUAAACUUUAGUUGUAUGCCAUCUCAUGAGAAAUAAAAAAAUGAGCCAAUAAAAAAGCUAGAAACUGGUUUCGUAUUAAUUUAUCUCAGUGACAUGUCGUUGUUAUAAGUAGCGUGAAACAAAAUAAACAAAAGAAGUGCUCCUUGUUAUUGCUUUUGUUUUGGAAAACUAAUUCAAGCGGAGAACAUUUCAGAGUCACCGUUCGAAUGUAUUGUACUACUAUCCUUCAUUCAGUAGGAAUAAAAAUCGAACUUGGUUAGUUUGAUAAUUUAGCCUCUUUAUUUGCAGACGUAGACGAGUGUAAUACAGAAAAACACCAAUGUGAUGAAGCUACUUCAGUGUGCGUUAACACUGAAGGAUCCUUCAAGUGUUACUGUCGCAAAGGGUAUACUGAAAGUGAACAACAUAAUUGUACAGGUAACAUCCACUUCAAGAUCUCUUAAUUGAAACAUUGAGAUGCUUCGUAGGCACGUCUUUUGUUUAUGUUAAGUUAGCGUCCUUAAGGUUUUCUAUUUCAAGCUUUUUUGGCGCUUUAAGUUGAAACAGGUUUUCUUUGAGCGAUGCACGCCAACAGGAAGUAAAUCUUUAUCCCUUUUAAUAUACAUAAAAACUACCAAAUUUGUGUUGUCUACCUCUUUUCAGUGUCUUAAGAGUGGUUGUCAGAGAAAACCGGGCAAAAUGUUAAAAAUGUCAACGGAAGGGGGUCAACAGAAUAAGUUCAUACUAACAUCAUAGAUAGGUCUGGUAGAGUAAUGAACAAAUAUACCAAACAUAGGUUCUUCACUGCCCUUGUAUUAGAGAUACGAGCAUCAGUUUAUUCGACCCCCUCGGACGUUAUUUUUAUAAGCAAGUUUUCACCAUUUUCUGAAACUCACAGAACCCGCAAAAUUUAACGAGCGAAGUGUAUUUUUUGUAUGCGAUACAACACACCACAGAACUACUUUCUCAAACCAUAAGAUUUGUUAAGUAGCCACGGACAAGACUAAAAUUUUCUUAUUUUAUCUGACCUAAACUCAGUGUCUGCAAACGAGCAAAAAAUCGGGCAUUUUUGAAUUGAUUUACCGCGCACAACUAAAACGACAGAACAACUCUGACAACCAAAUUGCAGUCUACUAUCAUCCAUGUAACCAAACCACUAAUAAUCAUUUUGGGCCGCUGAAACAGGAAGAAAUUAGAAAACUCACAUUUGUUAUAGUUUCCAAGCUUUUUCUUGCAAACAGGCCGCUCCCUUCGUGUUUGUUUUAAGUCCUCUGCGUGAAUUUUCUUUCAUAUUUCGCUUUAAAGCAUGUUCAGCAGCGGGAGGAAAUAUCAAAAAGCUCGAAAUACUGCCUAGGUUACAUUUUUAUACGGCAAUAAGUGCUGAACGAUAGAAUGAAACUACAAAAUAACAUGUACAAAGCGACGCCAUCUUGAAAAUUCAGCACUCAAGAGGGACUGGCACUAGUAACUGCCUUGUCCACAAGAUGAUGAAAUACCAAAUGGCUAAAAAACAAAAAAACAAACAAACCUGCUUAUGAGCGACCUAUUACAGUCCUAUUUCUUCUUCAAUUACUACUUUUAGUUAAAUUUAGCUUGUUUUGUGUUGUCCUUUUUUUUGUGGCGAAGUGAUGGGGUGUGAUGAACAGGUGACCAAUUGGCAUUACUUUAUUCAGUCUUCAUUUGCUCUUCAUUCACUUCAUUUUCAGUUAUCCCGUAUAAGUCUUAGCGUUUCUUUGGACUCUUUAUUGUAUUAUCUAUUUUUGCGUCAGUCUUCAACCACCGUCCAUGUCCGAAGGUCCACUCAUCUCCUUCUGUUCAUGAUUUCCUGAUACACUUUUUAUAGUCCGGAAGGCUUCGCCCGAAACACUACUAGCAGAGCUUGGGGGAAGUGAUUGACUAGUCCUUAGCCUCAUGGGUGGGGAGACUGAGUAGUUGCUCCUUGGACUUGGCUGUCUAGAGACUCAGUACAGGCACCUUGUAACAGUUAAGAGUCAGGUCCGUAAUCUGACUAACUGUCAGUCACUAAACAUUUAUCGAUGUACGUUUGAGCAACUUGUUGUUCUGAGUGAGUUUUGAUUUCAUUGAGCUUAAGUAAUUUGUAUUUAUAACUUUUCAAAAGAGAUUGAGCGGUUUCCUAUUUAAUAAAAGUGAACUUAUUCAGUAAUUUGCACAUAUAUUCCAUUUACAUCUGUAACUCAAUGCGAUACUCUAAUUCCAUGGUUUAAUUCCUGUGAAUUUCAUGGAACUCCAUGGAGAUCAAUGGAAUUGGAUGCAGUAGUUUCCAUGGAAUUUCAUGGAACUUUUCCAUUGAAUUCCAUUGAAAUUGAUGUCCUUAUCCCCCAUGGAAUGCCAUGGAAAUUUUUUCCACGGAAAUGGAUGGAAUUUCAUGGAGUUAUUUCUUACGGUAUGUACCAAGUUAUUUAAAGGGGCUUUGUCACUCUAUUUUCUACCUUUUUAAAACGCUAAAGUGUGUUUUCGAAUCAACUGAAUUCCAAGAAUAAGACUAUAUUUAGGCAUUAAAACCGUUUCCUGUCGUCUGUUAAUAUGGAUGGCAAGGAUGAUUGAAACUUGAAAAAAUGGCCGGCCUUUUCAAUGCAAAAGUUACCAUAAAAUCAAUUAUGGCUAGUGCUGUCUGAUUAUUAAAUUUCGUUUGGGACCUUCUCCCUAACUAUAAAGGAGCAUUUUGUAUAAGUGUAUAGGCACUAAGUAAUGACUUCAGCACGUAAUAUUCCUAAGAACAACAAUAUCCUCAAGACAAACCCCCUUUAACACCAGGAUAAAUUGACUACUAUAUGAUUAAAACGCCCGAUCACUGUUGUAGGAAGUCAAAUCUCUUUCUUUUUCCCACGAGCUUGACGUGGCGAGAGUUUCACCUUUUCCAAAACGAAAUGUGUUAUUAUUCUCUUGUCUUAAAUCGUCAGCGUGUCCAAAUAUGGCAAUCUUGACAGAGACUUCAGGCAUCAUCACAAGUCCUUUUUACCCGGAAAAUUAUGGUAAUAACCACAACUGCACAUGGAAAAUCAUGGCAAGUACAGGAAAUCUCGUCGAGUUGGUCAUUCAAGACAUGGACAUAGAAAGUGGGACUAACUGUCCCUACGACUAUAUACAAAUUCAAGAUGCUGUGAUUCAUGGUGGUGGUAAGCUUCCUAGGCGUUUAUGUGGUUCACUCACCAGCAAUUCGAUUUUUUCUUCUUACAACGAAACCUUGAUUUUACGUUUUGUUACCGAUGAUUCUACAACAGCCCGUGGAUUUCACGCAAGAUACACUGUUAUUCCUGGUAAGUAGGAAGAAUUAUGUUUUGCAGUGCUUUGCGCUUUAUCCAGAAUAGUAUGUUGCGCAAUAUCUAGGCACAAUCGCUUGUAAACACUAGAAAUUUUUGUUUCAGCAUAGGCGAUUUCUGAAUUUUGUCCUUAAAGAUAGUCCUUUACAUUUCUCAGUCUUGGAAGGUUUCCGCUUUGCUCAAUUAAGCAUAUUUAAAAUCGGGGGCAUAACCAGCCAUUUUUUUCUAUUUAAGCCCGAUUUGAGGAGGUCCUGAGAAAGCGAGGGAGGAGAGAUUCAUUCAUUCAUUCAGUCGUUCGUUCGUCCCUCCCUCCCUCCAUCCAUCCCUCCAUCCAUCCAUCCAUCCAUUCAUUCAUUCAGGGAGUUGGAGAGGGAUGCAACAUUUCUUAAUUGGAGUAUUGAGACCAACGUUUUCUCAAUAGGAUUCUUGUUGAAAGUACGUCAACAAAUAUAUAUUUUUCAUAGUUUAUAAUAAUUUGAACCAGGAGAUCAUGAUCUCAGUUGUUUGGGCUCAAAUAUAGUUGCAAAUAUAAAUAAUCAAAACAACUGCUAAGCUGGCUUAAAGUGUGAAAACUAACUUUACAGGUAAAGGAAGAAAGAAAUUCUUAUAAGUAACUUCUACUUGCUGAUUUGUAGACGAGUGUGAAACAGGACUACAUAACUGCCACGAUGAUGCAUACUGCACCAACACCAAGCGUUCCUUCACGUGUACUUGCAAACCAGGAUAUUCUGGGGAUGGUGUCAACUGUGCAGGUAACAAACCUACAUACGCAGUGUGAACUUACGAGAUCUAAACUUUAGUUGUAUGCCAUCUCAUGAGAAAUAAAAAAAUGAGCCAAUAAAAAAGCUAGAAACUGGUUUCGUAUUAAUUUAUCUCAGUGACAUGUCGUUGUUAUAAGUAGCAUGAAACAAAAUAAACAAAAGAAGAGCUCCUUGUUAUUGCUUUUGUUUUGGAAAACUAAUUCAAGCGGAGAACAUUUCAGAGUCACCGUUCGAAUGCAUUGUACUACUAUCCUUCAUCCAGUAGGAAUAAAAAUCGAACUUGGUUAGUUUGAUAAUUUAGCCUCUUUAUUUGCAGACGUAGACGAGUGUAAUACAGAAAAACACCUAUGUGAUGAAGCUACUUCAGUGUGCGUUAACACUAAAGGAUCCUUCGAGUGUUACUGUCGCAAAGGGUAUAUCGAAAGUGGACAACAUCAUUGUACAGGUAACAUCCACUUCAAGAUCUCUUAAUUGAAACAUUGAGAUGCUUCGUAGGCACGUCUUUUGUAUAUGUUAAGUUAGCGUCCUUAAGAUUUUCUAUUUCAAGCUUUUUUGGCGUUUUAAGUUGAAACAGGUUUUCUUUGGGCGAUGCACGCCAACUGGAAGUAAAUCUUUAUCCCUUUUAAUAUACAUAAAAACUACCAAAUUUGUAUUGUCUACCUCUUUUCAGUGUCUUAAGAGUGGUUGUCAGAGAAAACCGGGCAAAAUGUUAAAAAUGUCAACGGAAGGUGGUCAACAGAAUAAGUUCAUACUAACAUCAUAGAUAGGUCUGGUGGAGUAACGGACAAAUAUACCAAACAUAGGUUCUUCACUGCCCUUGUAUUAGAGAUAUACGAGCAUCACUUUAUUCGAUCCCCUCGGACGCCAUUUUUAUAAGCAAAUUUUCACCAUUUUCUGAAACUCACAGAACCCGCAAAAUUUAACGAGCGAAGUGUAUUUUUUGUAUGCGAUACAACACACCACAGAACUACUUUCUAAAACCAUAAGAUUUGUUAAGUAGCCAUGGACAAGACUAAAAUUUUCUUAUUUUAUCUGACCUAAACUCAGUGUCUGCAAACGAGCAAAAAAUCGGGCAUUUUUGAAUUGAUUUACAGCGCACAACUAAAACGACAGCACAACUCUGACAGCCAAAUUGCAGUCUACUAUCAUCCAUGUAACCAAAACACUAAUAAUCAUUUUGGGCCAUUAAAACAGGAAGAAAUUAGAAAACUCACAUUUGUUAUAGUUUCCAAGCUUUUUCUUGCAAACAGGCCGCUCCCUUCGUGUUUGUUUUAAGUCCUCUUCGUGAAUUUUCUUUCAUAUUUCGCUGUAAAGUAUGUUCAGCAGCUGGAGGAAAUAUCAAAAAGCUCGAAAUACUGCCUAGGUUACAUUUUUAUACUGCAAUAAUUGCUGAACGAUAGGAUGAAACUACAAAAUAACAAAGUGACGCCAACUUGAAAAUUUAGCACUCAAGAGGGACUGGCACUAGUAACUGUUUUUUUCCACAAGAUGAUCAAUUACCAAAUGGUUAAAAAACAAAAACACAAACAAACCUGCUUAUGAGCGACCUAUUACAGUCCUAUUUCUUCUUCAAUUACUACUGUUAGUUAAAUUUAGCUUGUUUUGUGUUGUCGUUUUUUUUAUCGCGGAGUGAUGGGGUGUGAUGAACAGGUGACCAAUUGGCAUUACUUUAUUCAGUCUUCAUUUGCUCUUCAUUCACUUCAUUUUGAGUUAUCCCGUAUAAGUCUUAACGUUUCUUUGGACUCUUUAUUGUAUUAUCUAUUUUGCGUCAGUCUUCAACCACCGUCCAUGUCCGAAGGUCCACUCAUCUCCUUCUGUUCAUGAUUUCCUGCUACACUUUUUAUAGUCCGGAAGGCUUCGCCCGAAACACUACUAGUAGAGCUUGGGGGAAGUGAUUGACUAGUCAUUAGCUUCAUGGGUGGGGAGACUGAGUACUUGCUCCUUGGACUUGGCUGUCUAGAGACUCAGUACAGGCACCUUGUAACAGUUAAGAGUCAGGUCCGUAAUCUGACUAACUGUCAGUCACUAAACAUUUAUCGAUGUACGUUUGAGCAACUUGUUGUUCUGAGUGAGUUUUGAUUUCAUUGAGCUUAAGUAAUUUGUAUUUAUAACUUUUCAAAAGAGAUUGAGCGGUUUUCUAUUUAAUAAAAGUGAACUUAUCCAGUAAUUUGCAGUGACACCUAAAUCUCUGGAAAAUUGUAAAUACAUAUAUUCCAUUUACAUCUGUAACUCAAUGCGAUACUCUAAUUCCAUGGUCUAAUUCCGAUGAAUUUCAUGGAACUCCAUGGAGAUCAAUGUUAUUGGAUGGAAUAGUUUCCAUAGAAUUUCAUGAACUUUUCCAUUGAAUUCCAUUGAAAUUGAUGUCCUUAUCCCCCAUGGAAUGCCAUGGAAAUUUUUUGUACGGAUAUCGAUGGAAUUCCAUAGAGGUAUUUCUUACGGUAUGUACCAAGUUAUUUAAAGGGACUUUGUCACGCUAUUUUCUACCUUUUUAAAACGCUAAAGUGUGUUUUCGAAUCAUUGAAUUCCAAGAAUAAGACUACAUUUAGGCAUUAAAACCGUUUUCUGUCGUCUGUUAAUAUGGAUGACAAGGAUGAUUGAAACUUGAAAAAAUGCCCGGCCUUUUCAAUGCAAAAGUUACCAAAAAAUCAAUUAUGGCUAGUGCUGUCUGAUAAAUUUUGUUUGGGACCUUCUCCAUAACUCUAAAGGAGCAUUUUGUAUAAGUGUAUAGGCACUAAGUAAUGACUUCAGCACGUAAUAUUCCUAAAAACAGCAAUAUCCUCAAGACAAACCCCCUUUAACACCAGGAUAAAUUGACUACUAUAUGAUUAAAUCGCCCGAUCACUGUUUUGGGCAGUCAAAUCUCUUUCUUUUUUCCACGAGCUUGACGUGGCGAGAGUUUCACCUUUUCCAAAACGAAAUGUGUUAUUAUUCUCUUGUCUUAAAUCGUCAGCGUGUCCAAAUAUGGCAAUCUUGACAGGGACUUCAGGCAUCAUCACAAGUCCUUUUUACCCGGAAAAUUAUGGUAAUAACCACAACUGCACAUGGAAAAUCAUGGCAAGUACAGGAAAUCUCGUCGAGUUGGUCAUUCAAGACAUGGACAUAGAAAGUGGGACUAACUGUCCCUACGACUAUAUACAAAUUCAAGAUCCUGUCAUUCAUGGUAGGGGUAAGCUUCCUGGGCGUUUAUGUGGUUCACCCACUAGCAAUUUGAUUUUUUGUUCUCACAACGAAACCUUGAUUGUACGUUUUGUUACUGAUGGUAUUACAACAGCCCGUGGAUUUAAAGCAAGAUACACUGUUAUUCCUGGUAAGUAG